AUGACGUGCACGUUAAACCCUAACCCGAUGGGUGCCCGUAUAGGGAUGGGUGCCCGUAUUGAGACAGGUUCCGGGAAGGUCUUUGAGAUCCCUCCAGACGACCCGGAGAAACUCGGGUAUGAAAAGGUUCACUUCCGGGAGAACGCCUUCGAAGAAUUUGCGGGUCUGUAUUGGAAAUAUACCUUCCACAACGAUUACUUCACCCCGCUCUACAGGCAGAAGCACCGAUAUCUUUCAGGCCUCCGCAAUCCCGAUCGGACAGAGCAGAUCUUUUGGCAGGAGGCGCAAGACUGGCAGACAGGGACAUGUUAUAAUCUUUCGGCAAUCCAUGUUGUGUGGGGGCCUGCCGAUCCUGUGGCAAGAAUGUCCGGACUCAUCUUCGAAUAUGGGGGCAGGAAGAUUCGGAGACAGGUAGGAUCGAUGAGCCUCCCGGGCGUGACAAGGCAGUCACUCAAACUGGCCGAAGGAGAAGAGAUCACAGGGGUACAUGUCCUGAGGCCGGUAGGAACCGUACGUCACGAGGGAUUCUUGUUUCAGGGACCGCCCAGGAGGGUCAUCGAUUACUCCUCGUUUUUCCAUAUUGAGUUCCACACAAGUUUAGGACAGAAAGCAGUGUUCAGUCGCCAGAUGCCCCGAAAUGAAGCAGGGGGCGAAGAACAGAGGGCUAUCUGCCUUGGAAUCUGCUGCCCUUACUUGUUCACGCGUGAUUGCAGAUACGAUCUAACCAGGACUGCGCGGCCGUCGGACGCAAGCAUCGUUGCGGCAGAAAAGGAGAAAUAUGGGGAGGACGGUGUGUCUUUUACGAAUCAUCAGCUCGUUGGCCUCGGCAUAACUGUAGGAGACCACACGGGGUCAGGGAGUUAUGCGACGAUAGAUGGCAUCCAAACCGUGGUUGCGGGGUAUGAUCAGUGGAUGAGGAAUAAGUGA